AUGCGAGUACUCCAGAUAAAUGCUAAUAGAAGCAUACCCGUACAUGAUACAGCUGCAGCGGUAGCGGCAUCCAAAAAAUGCGACGUGAUAUGUAUUACUGAACCAAAUAAGAAAAUAUGCAGAAAUGGCAACAGAAAUUAUUACCAUAAUAGCAAUGCUGACGCUAUGAUCAUAAACUUUAAUAAGAACUUGCAUGUCCUGGAAUACAAAUCUGGUCACUGUUAUGUUAGUCUACGAUAUUUAGGGAUUUGUAUAAUAUCAGCGUACCUGAGCCCAAACAUAACUUUUGACAGCUUCUGCGCAUUAAUGCUUGAACUGCAAGAGGCCACCUUAGAGCUGAAACAAAAACAUCCUCGUACAAAAUUACUGAUCACUGGAGACUUUAACGCCAAACAUGAAGUUUGGGGAGGAAAUCGCCCUGAAAGAAGAGGCAGGGAAGUACUGGAAUGGUGCGAGAUCAAUAACCUAACCGUACUAAAUGACGGAAUUUACCCAACCUUGGUCAGAACAUCUGGCACAUCGUAUAUUGAUCUGUCAAUAGUAUGCGAUGGAUUACUGCAGAUGAAACCCAUAUGGCAAGUCCUUGAAGAUCCGGAUGUAACAGAGCACAAGUUUAUUUUUACCGAAAUACCAUCAGAUAACUCGCAAGGAAAAAAAAUCAGGUAUAAAUACGGAGAAAUUAAUAAGGUUAAGCUUAGUGAAGCAUUCAAAUAUAGCAUACCGGGCAAGUCACCAACUAUGUCAGCUUACAAAAUGGCAAAAAUAAUUCGCGCAACAUACCAUAAAAGUACUCCGACUGUCCGUUGUGAUGAAGACUUCCAGAUGCCGUACUGGUGGAACGAAGAUAUCCAAACAAAUAUUUUAGAAGUAAAAAAAAAGAGAAGAAGGUUUCAACGAGAAACAAGAAACGAUGAUCUUCGCGAGCUCUAUAAACGUACCUACAAAGAAGCAAAGCAGGAUCUGUCUCAAAAGAUCAGAAUUGCAAAAAUAAGUUCAUGGGAAAAACUGUGCGAUGACUUACAAGAAAAUAUUUACGGUCAAGCAUAUAAGAUAAUAAGAUCCCAGCUGAAAAAAAUGCCACCCAGAGUUCAAAUGGACCCAGAAGAAAAAAUCAAACAGUUUAAGGCUCUAUUUGUAUAUGAGAGACAAACCUGGACUCAACCAAAUAAUAUACAAACUGUGAUAAGAGAAUGUGAUAUUUUUUGUGAUUCAGAUAUAAUAAAUGCUGCCAAAGAUAUAAAAAUUAACAAAUCUCCGGGCUGUGAUAAUUUGCCACCAAAUGUGAUAAAAACGAAAUAA